AUGGCGCAGAGUAAUUGGGAAGCUGAUAAGAUGCUUGACGUUUACAUAUAUGAUUAUUUGGUGAAGAAGAAACUUCAUAACACUGCUAAGUCUUUUAUGACUGAAGGCAAAGUCUCUCCUGAUCCUGUUGCAAUUGAUGCUCCUGGAGGGUUUCUUUUUGAGUGGUGGUCUGUGUUCUGGGACAUCUUCAUUGCGAGGACGAACGAGAAACAUUCAGAGGCUGCUGCAGCGUAUAUAGAGGCACAGCAAGGUAAAGCAAGGGAGCAACAACUUCAAGUGCAGCAAAUGCAGAUGAUGCGCCAGAUGCAGCGUAGGGAUCAUUCUCUUGGGGGUCCAAUGAAUGUUAUUGGUUCUGAAGGGAUGAUUGGGCAGUCUAAUGCAAGUGCUGUGGCUGCAAAAAUGUACGAGGAGCGUAUGAAGCAACCUAAUCCUAUGAACACUGAGACAUCCCAACCUCAUAUGGAUGCAAGGAUGUCCCUUCUCAAAUCAGGAAAUAAUCACCAUGGUCAGAUGGUCCCAGGUAAUCAUCAAGGAGGUGUUUCCGCAGCUCUGCAGCAACUUCAGUCACGAAGUCAGCAGACUCCUGAAAUAAAAACUGAAGUUAAUCUUGGUGCAUCUCCAAGACAACUGCCAGUGGAUCCUUCUACAGUUUAUGGCCAAGGAAUCCUGCAAUCAAAGCCUGGGAUGGGGAAUGCAGGAUUAAACCCUGGAGUAAGUGCUCUUCCUUUAAAAGGAUGGCCAUUAACUGGCAUCGAGACAAUCCGACCAGGUUUAGGCCCUCAGGUUCAGAAAGCUUUCCUUCAAAACCAAAAUCAGUUUCAGCUCUCGCCGCAGCAGCAACAACAACAACAGAUCUUGGCUCAGGUUCAAGGUCAAGGAAAUAUGACUAAUUCACCCAUGUAUGGAGACAUGGACCCUAGAAGAUAUACUGGAUUACCUAGAGGACCCCUGAAUUCGAAAGAUGGUCAACAGAAUGCGAAUGAUGGAUCUAUAGGUUCCCCUAUGCAGUCCAGCUCGUCAAAGCAUAUCAAUAUGCCGCCAGUACAGCAAUCUUCUUCUCAGCAACAAGAUCCAUUACUAUCACAGCAAUCACAGCAGAACAACCGCAAAAGAAAGGGACCGUCCUCUUCUGGUCCUGCUAACAGUACAGGGACAGGAAACACCGUCGGCCCAUCCAACUCACAGCCGUCAACUCCGUCAACGCAGCAUACACCUAUCGAUGGAUCUGGUAUAACUGGUAACAUGCAGCAUAUGAAUAACAUGCCAAAAGGGCCAAUGAUGUAUGGUUCUGAUGGAAUAGGUGGUCUUGCCUCAUCAGCAAACCAACUGGACGACAUGGAACCUUUUGGAGAUGUGGGAGCCUUAGAAGACAAUGUAGAAUCUUUUUUGUCACAAGAUGAUGGAGAUGGAGGAAGCUUGUUUAGCACCACCUUAAAGCGGAACCCUUCUGAGCAUGCAGAACCUUCAAAGGGUUUUAGUUUCAGUGAGGUUAGUUCUAUAAGAAGAAGUUCUAAUAAGGUCAUCUGCUGUAAUUUCUCAACUGAUGGGAAGUUGUUGGCUAGCGCUGGACAUGAUAAGAAGCUUUAUAUUUGGAACAUGGAAACACUAAUAACUGAAAGCGCUCCAGAAGAACAUGGUCAUAUCAUCACAGAUGUUCGCUUCAGACCUAAUUCAACUCAACUUGCUACGUCGUCCUUCGACAAAACUAUCAAAAUCUGGGAUGCGUCUGAGCCUAGUUACUUUGUAAGAACGAUUACUGGUCAUAAUGCACCUGUAAUGUCCGUUGAUUUUCACCCUAAGAAAACAGAUCUUUUCUGCUCUUGUGAUGGCAACAAUGAGAUUCGCUUAUGGAACAUCAACGCUCCUAAUUGCCUUCCACAGGGUGCUAGCACGCAAGUACGGUUCCAGCCAAGAAGUGGACAAAUGCUUGCUGCAGCUUCGGAAAAUCUUGUGUCAAUUUAUGAUUUUGAUAAUGACAGACGGGUCAACUUGUUAAAGGGACAUACCUCAAAUGUAAAUUCUGUUUGUUGGAACCCAAGCGGCGAGUUGAUAGCUUCUGUUAGUGAAGACUCUGUUAAGUUAUGGUCUCUGAACUCAGGAGAUUGUAUCCACGAGCUGAGUUCUAGUGGAAACAAAUUCCACUCUUGCGUUUUUCACCCUAGCUAUCCCAAUCUCUUGGUCAUUGGUGGCUACCAGUCACUGGAGCUGUGGAACACAAAGGAGAACAAAUGUAUGACCAUACCAGCUCACGAGUGUGUGAUCUCUGCAUUAGCUCAGUCACCUACGACAGGAAUGAUGGCGUCUGCAAGUCAUGACAAAUCCGUAAAGAUAUGGAAGUAG